GCUUGGGUGGGAAAGGGGUCUCUCCGGGUGCGUUCCUCGCUCGCUGCGUCGGACAGUGAGGUGGCCCACGCGCAGGCGCACAUCCCCGCCCCCGCCUCCGCCCCCCUGCCGCACGCCGCCCCGACCCCGGGACCCGGCGCUGCGGGACGCUUAGGACGGCGGCAUGCGUGACUACGAGGAGGUGACCGCCUUCCUGGGCGAGUGGGGACCCUUCCAGCGCCUCAUCUUCUUCCUGCUCAGCGCCAGCAUCAUCCCCAAUGGCUUCAACGGUAUGUCCGUCGUGUUCCUGACGGGGACCCCGGAGCACCACUGCCGGGUGCCGGACACGGCGAACCUGAGCAGCGCCUGGCGCAACCACAGUAUCCCGUUGGUGCGGCAGGAUGGCCGCGAGGUGCCCCACAGCUGCCGCCGCUACCGCCUGGCCACCAUCGCCAACCUGUCGGCGCUGGGGCUGGAGCCCGUGCUGGACGUGGACCUGGAGCGGCUGGAGCAGGAGAGCUGCGUGGACGGCUGGGAGUUCAGCCGGGACAUCUACCAGACCACCAUCGUGACCGAGUGGAACCUGGUAUGUGAGGACGACUGGAAAGUUCCGCUCACCAUCUCCUUAUUUUUUGUGGGGGUGUUACUAGGCUCCUUCAUUUCGGGGCAGCUCUCAGACAGGUUUGGUCGGAAGAACGUGCUAUUUGUGACCAUGGGCAUGCAGACAGGCUUCAGCUUCCUGCAGAUCUUCUCAAAGAACUUCGAGAUGUUUACCGUGCUGUUUGUCCUUGUAGGCAUGGGCCAGAUCUCCAACUAUGUGGCAGCAUUUGUCCUGGGAACAGAAAUCCUUGGCAAGUCAGUUCGCAUACUAUUUGCCACAUUAGGAGUGUGCAUAUUUUAUGCAUUUGGCUACAUGGUGCUGCCACUGUUUGCUUACUUCAUCCGAGAUUGGCGCAUGCUGCUGCUGGCACUGACUGGGCCAGGGGCCCUUUGUGCUGCGCUCUGGUGGUUUAUCCCCGAGUCCCCCCGAUGGCUCAUCUCACAGGGGCGAUAUCAGGAGGCAGAAGUGAUCAUCCGCAAGGCUGCGAAAAUCAACGGAAUCGUUGCGCCUUCCACCAUCUUUGACCUGAGUGAGUUACAAGACCUAAGUUCCAAGAAGAAGCAAUCCCAUCGCAUUCUGGAUCUGCUCCGAACCCGGAACAUCCGGAUGAUCACCAUCAUGUCCAUAGUUCUGUGGCUGACCAUCUCCGUGGGCUAUUUUGGGCUAUCCCUUGAUACUCCUAACUUGCAUGGGGACAUCUAUGUGAAUUGCUUCCUCUCGGCAGCAGUAGAAGUCCCAGCAUAUGUGUUGGCCUGGCUGCUACUGCAACACGUGCCCCGGCGUUAUUCCAUGGCCACAGCCCUCUUCCUGGGCGGCAGUGUCCUUCUCUUCGUGCAGCUGGUGCCCCCAGACCUGUAUUAUUUGGCCACGGUUCUGGUGAUGGUGGGCAAAUUUGGAAUCACUGCUGCCUUUUCCAUGGUGUAUGUGUACACUGCCGAGUUGUACCCUACUGUGGUCAGAAACAUGGGUGUCGGGGUCAGCUCCACAGCAUCCCGUCUGGGCAGCAUCCUGUCUCCAUACUUCAUUUAUUUGGGUGCCUAUGACCGGUUCCUACCCUACAUUCUCAUGGGAAGUCUGACCAUCUUGACAGCCAUCCUCACCUUGUUCUUCCCCGAGAGCUUCGGUAUCCCUCUCCCAGACACCAUUGACCAGAUGCUAAGGGUCAAAGGAAUAAAAUAUAGACACACUCCAAGCCACACAAGAAUGUUUAAAGAUGGUGAAGAAAGCCCUACAGUUCUCAAAAGCACAGCCUUUUAACACACUUCCAGUAGCUAAAAAAGCUGAAGAGGAAAGCCUGCAUCUUGUGUGAGAAACUCUUGAGUCCUUCCAUGACCAAGGGCUUUGCUGUUUAUCCUGUUGACCUUGUGUCAGACUUGCUCACUGCUGGGCACGGGGACCCAGGAGGGGCCCCCCCUUUCCUCCAAGAGACUUGGUGGCUACCUGCAGACAGCUUCUACAUCCUGUCGGGCUUGGCAUUUGGGAAGAAGUUAAUGAUUGAUUAGAACUGGUGGGAUCAGGAAGAAUAGGAAAGGCAUCUAGAAACUCUUUUAGAUUUGGUCCCCAGAUAAAACUGGAGGUCUAAGUUUUCUUCCUCCUUUCUAAUGGUGAGCCUUAGAGGACAGCACUAACUCCAGGCUGAGGAUGGAACUCUGUGAUAGAGCACUUGCCUAGCAUGCACAAGAUCCUGGGUUCAAUCCCCAAAGGAAACACUUCCACAGGGAGUUUGAUAGUUGGUUUUUUUUUUUAAUUUUUCCUCAGUUACAAAAGGCCAUUAAAAGGGGACAAUUGUGACCCUAUAGCAGAAGAGCACAGGAUGUAGGGAAACCCUAAAGAUAAUUAAGAUGGACAGGCCAUAGCAGAUGGCAUUGAUUGUGACCAUUAAGUCUGACUGCUGGGUGGACUUGUUUACAUCUGAAUAAAGCACUAGGCUUGUCCAGGCCCAUGAGAAAUACAUUGUUCAAUCCACUAUGCUUGUUUUUCCACUACUGUGUCAAUCAAACUUCCUGGCUACUCUAGCUUACCUGUGGUUUGAAGGAAAUGUGAGAAAUAGUGUCU